AUGAAGACCUUGAAAACGAAGAAAGACACCGACCGAUCUAAGGAAAGAGGACGACGAAGGGUCUCUGAACGGUAUCUACGAUCAGCGUUGGACAAGAGAGGACUAAACGUCGCGUCGGCAGCGCGAAUUCAACGCGAAAAACGCACUGUUACAUUUGCGGAAGACGAAAUGAAUGAUCGAGAAUUGACGCGUGAAUUUGAAGAAGCAGAGUUCGAAGAAGAUCGACCUAAGCAUCCAAACUUUUCCAAAUUUGAUUCAUUUAAGAGAACGUAAAUAUGGAAAUUUAAUUAAAGUUGAAAGUUUAACUCUAUCAAUAUCUUAAGUAUAAUGAUCUUCUUGAUUCGUAGCUUUGAAAAAAAAAAAAAAAAAAAAUUGACGUCUCAUUUUCGUUAUCUAAUCUAAUUUAAUUGCCACGUUUCUUUAUGUCACAGAUGAAUUGAGCAGAAAGAAAAUCAUGGGAGGAUCGACGGUACUUAAGAAGUUUUUCCAAUCAAUCGACGUUAGAGAUAACGUUGGUAAUUCCAUUAAUUCGCAAUUUUUUCAUAAAUAAUUUCAUGCAACGUUACGUUGCACCGAUAAUAUUUUCUUGUGAAAAUAGCAAUUAGUUUUUUUUUUCAAAGUAAAUGCAAUAUGUGA